UGAUGACUAAUGCAAAUCAGUGACAACAACUAACUAAGAUGACCUCACAGCAAUUAGGCUACUGCUGGGUCCUCCUAAUUGCCUUGCUAUCGUGCAGCGCAGCCACUGCCAGCGAGGUCCCGGCGAUCAUCGUGUUCGGGGACUCGACGGUCGACGCCGGCAACAACAACUACAUCCUCACCGUCGCCAAGGGCAAUUUCCCGCCUUAUGGUCGCGACUUCGACGGCGGCGUCGCCACCGGCCGCUUCUCCAAUGGCCGCCUUGUCACCGACUUCGUGUCGGAGGCGCUGGGGCUGCCGUCCUCUGUGCCGGCCUAUCUCGACUCCACCUACACCAUUGAUCAGCUUGCUACUGGUGUCAGCUUUGCUUCAGGCGGCACCGGGCUCGAUAGUCUCACUGCCAGAGUUGUAUCCGUGAUACCACUGAGCCAGCAGCUGGAAUACUUCAAGGAAUACAUAGAAAAGCUAAAGCAAGCCAAGGGCGAAGAUGUCGCGAACGAGAUCAUCACCGAAGCGCUCUACGUCUUCAGUAUCGGCACCAACGAUUUCAUCAUCAACUACUUUAAUCUGCCUCUCCGGCGCGCAGUCUACACCACGGCGGAGUACACCGCUUACCUCGUUGGCGAGGCUGCAGCCGCCGUCCGCGACACCCACGAGCUCGGUGCCCACAAGAUCAUAUUUGCCGGGCUCGCGCCGAUCGGGUGCUUGCCAUCGGCGAGGACGCUGAACCACGAUGCGCCGGGGGAGUGCAACGAAGAGCACAGCCAGGUGGCGGUGGCAUUCAACACCGCACUGACGGAGGCCAUCGGCAAGCUCAACGACGAGCUCACCGGAUUAAGGGUGGUAUAUUCAGAUACUUACAGUGUUUUGUCCGCCAUCCUGUCCAACCCGUCAUACUACGGGUUUGUGAAUAUAGCUCAAGGUUGCUGUGGCACAGGACUUAUUGAGACAUCCGUCCUUUGCGGCUUCAACGAUCAUUUGACAUGUCAAGAUGCUAAUUCUUAUGUGUUCUUCGAUUCAGUCCAUCCGUCGGAGAGAACAUAUCAGAUUAUAGCUAACAAAAUCAUUAAUACAGAUCUUAAAUUAGUACUAUGAUAUGUAUGUUCCGAGUUUACAUGUAAUGAUAAUUGAAAUCUAUACUGAGAUAUAAGCUAGUUGAACUUUACUACAGCCAUCCACGAAAAAGUGUACGCGAUCAUUCCUGACCAUCUGAUCUCAAGAUUCAAUGGCCAAAAUCGAUUCCAUGCUCUUCUGGUGAAAUCAUCUGUUAACUUCCCAAUCCUA